AUGUCUUGGUAGGUAUUGACUUCUGAGAAUUUGAAUUAGGACAUAAAUAAGAAAGAAUAUGGAUUUACAUCAUUGAGGAAAUAAAAUUGUACAUAAAGAUAAUUCUAACAAUUAUUUAAGAUACAUAAUUAUACUUGUCUUUAGAUUUCAAAUAUCCAAAGUUUGAAAAUCAUUUCUUCAAUUUUUCAAAAUGUAGCAUAUAAAUCUAGUAGUUCUAUGAUUGUGAUUGGAGAGAAAUCGAUUAUUAUACAAUUCAUAUCAUAAUGUUUAAUUUGGAGGAGGAUUUGCAAUUUCAGAUUUAACUAGUCAAAAUUGGACAAGAUUAGAAUCUAUGUUUAAAGCAAUUAAAUUUGGAGAUAAUCUAGCAUAAUUACUAUCUUCAUUAUCAAUAUCAAAAGAUAGGAUGAAUUUAUUGCAAAAAAUUAAGAUCAUUGA